GCACCCGUUCCCAAGAUGCUGGCAGCCUGCCUUCUGAGAAGAGUGGUCCUUACACUUCCUUUAGUUUUUGUGGUUGCACUGCUUCUCGCGGAGCCUGUUAGAUUAGAUCAAGAAGCGGGAACAGCCAUACCAGCUGAAAGCCGUCCCUGUGUUGACUGCCAUGCGUUUGAGUUCAUGCAGAGGGCUCUGCAGGAUUUAAAGAAGACAGCGUAUAAUCUAGACACACGGACAGGAACUCUGCUUCUUCAGGUGGAAAAGAGAAAUCUGUGCGACUGUGUAACUGCAAGUCUGCUGAACUGAAUCCUGGAGGCCAGCUAAGGAGUAUCACCUGUUCAGCGGUUUUUAAAAAGCAGCUGUAUAAAAUACAGCUUUAUGGAGUUCGUGUUGCAAGCAUGUAUGGCCCAAUGUACUGAGCAAAUUGGGGGGCUGUGUCUUACAUAUUUGUCUGUCUUUUGUUUUUUGUUUUUU